ACUCCAAACAGAAGACUCGCUGUCAGUCUUGUCUUCCUUGUCGUUUCUACCACCUGAUUGGUCAGAUCUGUAAUCGCAGCACUGAAGCUCUGGUCAAAGCCACCAAAUCAUCUCUGGACGCCCUGAGGAGGAGACUACAUGUUGUUAAAUACCAGUCGUCCUCCUCCUCCUCUUCCUCCUCCAGCAGCCACUCUGCUCCUCCUCCUCUCCUCAGAGCUUCCAUCCAGCUCGCCAUCCCCAACAUUGUCCUCCGACCCAGUCUGGACGACAUCCAGACCACAGUGAAUAAGCUGGUGAACGUGGUUCUGUCCGUGACCAGAGACAUUCCUCUGUGGACGUUCUGUCACAUGCAGUACAAGCAGCAGCAGGUGGAGCAGGCGGCGGCUCGCGACGCUGGAGACGACAUCACGGUGAAGCCGCCAGUGCUGAGGCCUCUGGACAGACAGCUGGCCGAACAUAAAGACGUCACCAAGUUGGUGAUGCAGCUCAGCUCCGUGGUGUCGUCUCUGAGAACUCAGGCUGCUGAGACGCUGAGUGAACUCACCCACUUCUCCACUCUGUGGAACCAG